GCUUCCCGAGUCUGAACAGGCUCCCGCACAGCCAUGGCUGAAGGUGGAGAAGGAGAGGAUGAAAUUCAGUUCCUCAGAACUGAUGAUGAAGUGGUGCUCCAGUGCGUGGCCUGCAUCCAGAAGGAGAAUCGCAAGUUUUGCCUGACCGCCGAGGGGCUCGGCAAUCGGCUGUGUUACCUGGAGCCCACAUCAGAGGCAAAGUAUGUACCACCAGACCUGUGCAUCUGUACCUUUGUGCUGGAGCAGUCUCUGUCGGUGCGUGCCCUGCAAGAGAUGCUGGCUAAGAGCGGACAGAACAGUGAAGGGGCAGCGCAGAGCGGCGGGCACAGGACUCUUCUGUACGGACACGCCAUCCUGCUAAGGCACUCCUUCAGCUCCAUGUACCUGACCUGUUUGAAGACAUCAAGGUCACAGACGGAUAAGCUGUCCUUUGAUGUCGGCCUGCAGGAGGAUUCAACAGGUGAGGCCUGCUGGUGGACUAUCCACCCGGCAUCCAAGCAGAGAUCAGAAGGGGAAAAGGUGCGCAUCGGUGAUGACCUCAUCCUCGUCAGCGUCUCCUCAGAGCGAUACCUUCACUUAUCCAUCUCCAAUGGCAACAUCCAGGUGGACGCCUCUUUCAUGCAAACCUUGUGGAACGUCCAUCCCACCUGCUCCGGCAGCAACGUAGAGGAAGGCUACCUCCUGGGUGGUCAUGUGAUGCGGCUGUUCCAUGGUCAUGACGAGGUACUGACCAUCCCAGGGUCUGAUCAAAGUGAAGAGCAACAGAGGAUAGUCAACUAUGAGACGGGUAAAGCCGGUGCUAAGGCCAGGUCCCUGUGGAGGCUGGAGCCGCUCCGAAUCAGCUGGAGUGGGAGUCACAUCCGGUGGGGGCAACCCUUCCGCCUGCGCCACCUGACCACCGGUCACUACCUGGCCCUGACUGAAGACAAAGGCGUGGUGCUGCAGGACCGGGAGAAGUCCGACACCACCUCCACCGCCUUCUGCUUCAGAGCCUCCAAGGAGAAGCUGGAGCAGAGCCCCAAGCGGGACAUCGAGGGCAUGGGGGUGGCGGAGAUUAAGUACGGUGACUCGCUCUGCUUCGUCAUGCAUGUGGCCACGGGACUCUGGCUUUCCUAUCAGGCGCCUGAUGUCAAAUCAGCCCGCCUGGGACCCCUCAAGAGACGAGCAUGUCUGCAUGCAGAGGGUCACAUGGAUGAUGGGCUGACCCUGCAGCGCUGUCAACAUGAGGAGUCUCGCGCUGCUCGCAUCAUCCGCAACACCACUCGACUCUUCAGCCGAUUCAUCAGUGGGAACAGGACAACAAUGGCCUUGCCUAUUGAGGAGGUGCUGCAGACCCUCAACGACCUCAUCACUUAUUUCCAGCUCCCUGACGCUGAGCUCGAGCAUGAGGAGAAACAGAUCAAACUGCGCUCACUCAAAAACCGGCAGAACCUCUUCAAACAGGAAGGCAUGCUGACUUUAGUGUCCAACUGUAUCGACCGUCUGAACGUGUACAACAGCGCUGCCCACUUUGGGGAGUGUGCGGGGCCAGAGGCCGGGGCAGCCUGGAAAGACAUUCUCAACCUCCUGUAUGAGCUGCUGGCGGCAUUGAUCCGAGGGAACAGAAACAACUGCACCCAGUUCUCCAACAACCUGGACUGGCUGGUCAGCAAGCUGGAGAGACUGGAGUCUUCCUCGGGCAUCCUGGAAGUUCUCCACUGCAUCCUAAUCGAGAGCCCCGAGGCCCUCAACAUCAUCCAGAGAGGACACAUCAAGUCCAUCAUAUCGCUGCUCUACAAACACGGGCGCAACCACAAGAUUCUGGAUGUGCUCUGCUCGCUGUGUGUGUGUAACGGUGUGGCUGUGCGGACCAAUCAGAAUCUGAUCUGCGACCACCUGCUGCCCAAGAGAGAUCUGCUCCUCCAGACCCGACUAGUCAAUGAUGUUCAAAGCAUGAGACCGAAUAUCUUCCUGGGGGUGAGCGAAGGAUCAGCGCAGUAUAAGAAGUGGUACUAUGAGCUGAUGAUCGAUCAGGUGGACCACUUUGUGACAGGUGAGCCCUCUCACCUGAGGGUGGGCUGGGCCAAUACGAAAGGCUACGCUCCCUACCCUGGAGGUGGAGAAGGGUGGGGCGCCAAUGGAGUUGGAGACGACCUCUACUCCUAUGGCUUUGAUGGACUACACCUCUGGUCAGGUCGCAUCCCGCGGGCAGUCGCAUCAACCAACCAGCACAUCCUGACCUCAGAGGACGUGGUGAGCUGUUGUCUGGACCUGGGUGCCCCCAGCAUCUCCUUCAGAAUCAACGGACAGCCCGUCCAGGGCAUGUUUGAGAAUUUCAACACCGACGGCCUCUUCUUCCCUGUCAUCAGCUUCUCCGCGGGGGUCAAGGCACGUUUCCUGUUGGGUGGUCGACACGGUGACUUCAAGUUCUUGCCUCCGUCGGGCUACGCUCCCUGUUAUGAAGCCCUGCUGCCGAAAGAGAAGAUGAAGGUGGAGCCGGUGAAGGAGUACAAGAGGGACGUGGAUGGAGUCCGAGAUCUUUUGGGCACCACGCAGUUCAUGUCCCAGGCCUCUUUCCUCCCCACCCCAGUUGAAACAAGUCAGAUUGUCAUGCCUCCCCAUUUGGAGAAGGUGCGGGACAAGUUGGCGGAGAACAUACAUGAACUGUGGGGCAUGAACAAGAUUGAGCUGGGGUGGUCUUACGGCAAGAUAAGAGAUGAUAAUAAGCGGCAGCAUCCAUGCCUGGUAGAUUUCUCCAAGCUGCCCGAAACGGAAAAGAAUUACAACCUACAGAUGUCAACAGAAACCCUAAAGACACUUCUAGCACUUGGCUGUCAUGUAGUCCAGGUCAACCCCAAUGCAGAGGACAACCUCAAAAAGAUCAAACUCCCGAAGAACUACAUGAUGUCAAAUGGUUACAAGCCCACCCCUUUGGACCUGUCUGACAUAAAACUGACUCAGAGUCAGGAGCUGCUGGUAGACAAGCUGGCGGAGAACGCCCACAAUGUCUGGGCCAAGGACCGCAUCAAACAAGGAUGGACCUAUGGCAUACAGCAGGAUCUGAAGAGUAAGCGUAAUCCACGCCUGGUCCCCUAUGCUCUGCUGGAUGAGCGCACCAAGAAAUCCAACAGGGACAGCCUGCGGGAGGCUAUCCGCACUCUGAUUGGCUAUGGAUACAACAUCGAACCCUCAGACCAGGAGGGCGGACAAGUGGUGGAGCGUCUGAGCAUCGAUAAAAUCCGCUUCUUCAGAGUAGAGAGGACAUAUGCAGUGAAGACUGGGAAAUGGUACUUUGAAUUUGAGGCAGUGACGGGAGGAGACAUGAGAGUGGGCUGGGCUCGACCCGGCUGCAAACCAGAUGUGGAGCUCGGCACGGAUGAGCUGGCUUUUGUAUUUGAUGGAUACAGGGGCCAUCGCUUGAACAUGGGCAGCCGUUUGUUUGGGCGGAGCUGGCAUGCUGGGGACGUGGUGGGCUGUAUGAUCAAUAUGGAGGACAAGUCCAUGAUAUUCACCCUCAAUGGAGAGAUCCUCAUCACCAACAAGGGCUCUGAACUCUGCUUCGCUGACUUUGAGACCGAGGAUGGGUUCAUUCCGGUGUGCAGUUUAGGUCUGGCACAGGUGGGUCGCAUGAAUCUGGGGAAAGAUGCCAGUACCUUUAAGUACUACACCAUGUGUGGCCUUCAGGAAGGAUUUGAGCCCUUCGCUGUCAACAUGAACCGAGAGGUCACCAUGUGGUUCAGCAAACGUCUCCCGACAUUUGUCAAUGUGCCGAAGGACCACAACCACAUAGCAGUAACCAGGAUUGACGGCACCAUCGACAGCCCCCCGUGUCUGAAAGUCACCCACAAGACAUUUGGCACCCAGAACAGUAAUGCUGACAUGGUGUUCUGUCGCCUCAGCAUGCCUGUUGAGUUCCACUCCUUCUUCAAGUCCAGUCCUGUCACAGACAUGAACGGCGUGCAAGAGGAAGAGUCCCUCAAAGUCAAACACAGGUAUCUCCUGAGAUCUGUGAAGCACAGUGAUGAAAGUAGAAGAGUGGACUACAGCAGCAUCACCACGUAUUACCACUCAGUGAGGAUUUUUGCCGGUCAGGACCCUGCCAGUGUGUGGGUUGGCUGGGUGACCCCCGACUAUCAUUACUAUAGCAACAACUUCAACCUCAGCAAGAACCGAACAGUGACGGUAACCCUUGGCGACGAGCGCGGACGGGUCCAUGAGAGUGUGAAGAGGAGUAACUGCUACAUGGUGUGGGCCGGCGAUGUGUCCGGCACGGCUCACUCCACCGGCCGCAGCAACGUGGAUCUGGAGAUCGGCUGCCUGAUAGACCUGGCAACCGGCCUGGUGGCCUUUACUGUCAACGGCAAGGAGAUUUCCACGUCCUACCAGGUGGAACCAAACACCAAGCUCUUCCCUGCUGUGUUUGUGCGUCCCACCAGCCCCAACCUGUUCCAGUUUGAGCUGACUAAAAUAAAGAAUGCCAUGCCCCUGUCAUCGGCCAUCUUUAAGAGUGAACAUAAGAACCCUGUUCCCCAGUGUCCGCCCCGUCUAGACGUCCAGACCAUCAACGCGGUGCUGUGGAGCCGAAUGCCCAACACGUUCCUCAAAGUGGAGACAGCCAGGGUCAGCGAGAGACACGGCUGGUUGGUCCAGUGUGUGGAGCCCCUGCAGAUGCUGGCGGUGCACAUACCUGAAGAAAACAGGUGUGUAGACAUCAUGGAGCUCUCGGAGCAGGAGGACAUGAGGAAGUUCCACUACCACACCUUGAAGCUCUACUGCGCCCUCUGUGCGCUGGGCAACACCCGUGUGGCCCACGCCCUCUGCAGCCACCUGGACCAAUCACAGCUCUUAUACACCAUCGACAACCAGUACCUGUCAGGCAUGCUGCGCGAGGGUUUCUACAAUGUGUUGAUCAGCAUCCACCUGGAGACGGCCAAAGAGGCGCGACUUAUGAUGAACAACGAGUUCAUCAUCCCCAUCACGCCCGAGACGCGUUCCAUCCACCUGUUCUCGGAUGCCUCCAAAAAGCACCUGCCGCCGGGGGUGGGGCUUAGCACGUCCCUAAAACCCCGCCUCAACUUUACUCCACCCUGUUUUAUCACCAGCAAACGGGAGCAACACCUGUAUAGUCCCCAGAUGCCACUGGACGCACUAAAGGAGAAAGCGAUUUCAAUGUUGACGGAGGCCGUUCAAGGUGGUGGGCACCAUAUCCGGGAUCCCGUCGGAGGAAGCGUGGAGUACCAGUUUGUGCCAAUUUUGAAGCUCAUUAGCACCUUGCUUACCAUGGGCGUCCUAGGCAGUGAAGACGUGCAUAAGAUUUUACUGCUCAUAGACCCCAAUGUGUUUGGAGAGACACGGAGUGAUGCAGCCGCUGAGGGUACAGAGAAGGAAGGACUGACGGGGGCGGAGGAGAAGGCGGUGGAGGCUGGAGAGGAGGAGGCGGCCAAGGACUUUAAACAGCCAAUGAAAGGACUGCUGGAGAAGAGGCUACCUGAGCCUGUAAAGCGACAGAUGUGUGAGCUGCUUCACUAUUUCUGCGACUGCGAGCUGAAGCAUCGCAUCGAGGCCAUCGUGUCCUUCUCCGACAGCUUCGUCUCCAAGCUGCAGUACAACCAGAAGUUUCGCUACAAUGAGCUCAUGCUGGCCCUCAACAUGUCUGCCGCCGUGACCGCCAAGAAGACCAAGGAGUUCCGCUCGCCUCCUCAAGAACAGAUCAACAUGCUGCUGAACUUCAGUAUGGGCGAGGACUGUCCCUGUCCACAAGACAUCCAGGAGGAGCUCUACGACUUCCACAAUGAGCUGCGGCUCCACUGCGGAAUCCCUAUGGAGGAAGAUGAAGAGGAGCAAGAUACAUCUAUUAAAGGUCGCCUCCUCACCCUUGUUUACAAGAUCAAAGGCCAGCCUCAGAAAACAGAGAAGGAGCCCACUGAGGAGGAACAAGCUGCACCCUCCAACCUGAAGGAGCUGAUCUCUCAGACGAUGGUGAGCUGGGCCCAGGAGUGUCACAUCCAGGACCCGCAGCUGGUGAGGAAGAUGUUCAGCCUGCUGAGGAGGCAGUAUGAUAGUAUUGGGGAGCUGCUGCGGGCCAUGAGGAAGAGCUACACCAUCAGCGCUGCCUCGGUCCAGGACACUAUCAACCUCCUGGCCUCUCUGGGUCAGAUCAGAUCUCUGCUGUCUGUCCGCAUGGGGAAGGAGGAGGAGAAGCUUAUGAUUGAUGGACUCGGUGACAUCAUGAACAACAAAGUGUUCUACCAGCACCCCAACCUGAUGAGAGUGCUGGGCAUGCAUGAGACCGUCAUGGAGGUCAUGGUCAACGUGCUGGGAGGGGACAAGUCACAGGAAAUUGCCUUCCCCAAGAUGGUGGCCAGUUGUUGUCGCUUCCUGUGCUAUUUCUGCCGGAUCAGCCGACAGAACCAGAAAGCCAUGUUUGACCACCUUAGCUACUUGUUGGAGAACAGCAGCGUGGGCCUGGCUUCACCAGCGAUGAGAGGCUCCACUCCUCUAGAUGUGGCCGCCUCCUCGGUGAUGGACAACAACGGCCUGGCUCUGGCACUGGAAGAACCUGAUCUGGACAAGGUGGUGACCUACCUGGCAGGCUGUGGUCUCCAGAGCUGUCCCAUGCUUCUGGCUAAAGGCUAUCCAGACAUCGGCUGGAACCCCAUCGAGGGAGAACGUUACCUCUCCUUCCUGCGGUUUGCCGUUUUUGUCAAUGGCGAGAGCGUGGAGGAGAACUCCAGCGUGGUGGUCAAGCUGCUGAUCCGUCGCCCCGAGUGUUUCGGUCCGGCGCUGAGGGGUGAGGGAGGGAACGGCUUGCUGGCUGCCAUGAAGGAGGCCAUCAAGAUAUCGGAGACACCUGCUUUGGAUCUGCCGGGCUCCGUACAGGGAGUCAGCUCUGAUGUGUCUGCUGAAGGAGAUGAUGAGGAGGAGGUGGUUCACAUGGGCAAUGCCAUCAUGUCUUUCUACUCUGCCCUCAUUGACCUGCUGGGACGCUGCGCCCCGGAGAUGCAUCUCAUCAACAAGGGGAAAGGUGAAGCCCUACGUAUCCGAGCCAUCCUGCGCUCUCUGGUGCCCACUGAGGACCUGGUGGGAAUCAUCAGCAUACCACUCAAAAUGCCCAUCAUCAAUAAAGAUGGGUCGGUGACAGAACCCGACAUGUCCGCCUGCUUCUGUCCAGACCACAAGGCCCCCAUGGUUCUGUUUUUGGACAGGGUGUACGGCAUUGAGGACCAGAGCUUCCUGCUCCACCUGCUAGAAGUGGGCUUCCUGCCUGAUCUGAGGGCCGCCACCUCUCUGGAUUCGGUAGGCCUGCGUACGACUGAGACAGCCCUGGCCAUGAACCGCUACAUCGGCUCAGCCAUGCUACCCCUCCUCACCCGCUGCGCCCCCCUUUUCGCUGGCACCGAGCACUACGCCACGCUCAUCGACUCCACCCUGCACACCAUCUACCGCCUGUCCAAGGGCCGUUCGCUCACCAAGGCCCAGAGAGACGCCAUCGAGGAGUGCCUGCUGGCUGUCUGCAAGCACCUUCGUCCCUCCAUGCUGCAGCAGCUCCUGCGUCGCCUCGUCUUUGAUGUGCCCUUGCUGACCGAGUACUGCAAGAUGCCUCUCCGGCUGCUGACCAAUCACUACGAGCAAAACUGGAAGUAUUACUGCCUGCCUUCGGGCUGGGGCAGCUACGGCAUGGCGUCUGAUGAGGAGCUGCUCCUCACCAAGAAGAUCUUCUGGGGCGUGUUUGAUUCUCUCUCUCAGAGGAAAUAUGACCCGGAGCUAUUCAAGAUGGCCAUGCCUUGCCUCAGCGCCAUAGCUGGAGCUUUGCCACCGGACUACGUGGACGCCUCCAUCAGCACCACUGUGGAAAAGCCUGUUUCUAUAGACGCUCAGGGCAACUUUGACCCCAAACCCAUCAGUACAUCUAACAUAUCUCUUCCAGAGAAGCUGGAGCACUUUGCCAACAAAUAUGCUGAGCAUUCCCAUGACAAAUGGUCAGCAGAGAAGGUGUUGCUGGGAUGGAAAUAUGGAGACUGUGUGGAUGAGAAGGCCAAGACUCACCCUCAGCUGAGGACCUACAAAGCCCUUACAGAGAAGGAGAAGGAGAUCUAUAGAUGGCCAAUAAGAGAGUCUCUGAGGAGUAUGUUGGCCAUGGGCUGGAACAUCGACAGGACUAAGGAUGGAGAGAGCAUGUCUCAACAGAGGGAGAGCGAGAAGAUGCGAAAGAUCUCUCAAACCUCACAGGCAAAUGGUUUCAAUCCUAGCCCGAUAGACACAAGCAACGUGGUUUUGUCCAGAGAGCUGCAGGGCAUGGUGGAAGUGGUGGCUGAAAAUUAUCAUAACAUCUGGGCCAAGAAGAAAAAGAGUGACCUUGGAAGCAGAGGUGGGGGAACGCACCCGCUCUUGGUGCCCUAUGACACUCUGACAGCUAAGGAGAAGGCCCGCGAUCGAGAGAAGGCCCAAGACCUGUUUCGCUUCCUCCAGAUCAAUGGCUAUGCCAUCACAAGAGGUCUGAAGGACAUGGAGCAGGACUCCUCUUCCAUGGAGAAGCGAUUUGCCUAUAAGUUCCUCAAGAAGCUGCUCAAGUAUGUUGACUCAGCCCAGGAGUUCAUCGCCCACCUGGAGGCUAUGGCUGCCAGUGGAAAAACAGACAGGUCACCUCAUGAGCAGGAAAUCAAGUUUUUUGCCAAAGUCCUUCUCCCUCUCAUCGACCAGUACUUCAAAAAUCACUCUCUGUACUUCCUGUCCUCGCCCAAUAAAAACCUGAGCAGCUGUGGCUAUGCCUCCAACAAGGAGAAGGAGAUGGUCUCCAGCCUGUUCUGUAAAUUGGCAGCUCUUGUCAGACAUAGGAUUUCCCUCUUUGGGAGUGAUUCCACCACUAUGGUGAGCUGUCUGCAUAUCUUGGCACACACCCUGGACACCAGGACGGUGAUGAAGUCAGGCUCCGACCUGGUGAAGGCGGGCCUGAGGACGUUCUUCGAGAACGCCGCAGAGGACUUGGAGAAGACCUUUGAGAACCUGAAGCUCGGGAAAUUCACUCACUCCCGUUCCCAGAUGAAAGGGGUGUCGCAGAACAUCAACUACACCACCGUAGCGCUGCUGCCUAUCCUAACCGCUCUGUUUGAACACAUCACUCAGCACAACUUUGGAGUCGACCUGCUUUUGGAUGAUGUCCAAGUGUCCUGCUAUCGAAUCCUGACCAGCCUCUAUGCACUGGGAACUGGGAAAAACAUCUAUGUAGAAAGACAGCUGCCUGCUCUUGGGGAGUGUCUGGCCACCCUGGCCGGGGCGAUGCCUGUGGCCUUCCUGGAGCCGCUGCUCAACAUGUACAACCCCUGCUCUGUUUUCAAUACCAAGACGGCCCGCGAACGAGCCAUCCUCGGCAUGCCAGACUCGGUGGAGGAGAUGUGUCCCGAGAUGCCGCGGCUGGACGGCCUGAUGAAGGACAUCAACGACAUGGCCGAGUCCGGGGCGCGCUACACCGAAAUGCCGCACGUUAUUGAGGUGGUGCUGCCCAUGCUGUGCAACUAUCUGUCCUACUGGUGGGAGAGAGGACCUGAGAACCAGCCGAGCAGUGGGGGCAAUGUGUGCUGCACCACGGUCACCUCAGAGCACCUCAGCGUCAUCCUCGGCAACAUCCUCAAGAUCCUCAACAGCAACCUCGGCAUCGACGAGGCGUCCUGGAUGAAGAGGAUCGCAGUGUACGUGCAGCCCAUCAUCAGCAAGGCCCGCGCGGACCUGCUGAAGAGCCACUUCCUGCCCACUCUGGAGAAGCUGAAGAAGAAGACGGUGAAGGUGGUGCUUGAGGAGGAGCUGCUGAAGGCCGACAGCAAGGGAGACACCCAGGAGGCCGAGCUGCUCAUCCUGGAUGAGUUCGCUGUGCUGUGCCGGGACCUUUAUGCCUUUUACCCCAUGCUGAUCCGCUACGUGGACAACAACAGGUCCAGGUGGCUGAAAGAACCAGAUGCUGACUCCAAUGAGCUCUUCAGGAUGGUGGCAGAGAUAUUUAUACUCUGGUGCAAAUCACAUAACUUCAAAAGGGAGGAACAGAACUUUGUGGUCCAGAAUGAAAUCAACAACCUUUCCUUCUUGACUGGAGAUAGCAAAACAAAGAUGGCUAAGUCUGGAGGGCAAGACCAGGAGAGGAAGCACAAGAAGAGGCGUGGUGAGUUCUACUCCAUCCAGACCUCACUCAUCGUGGCGGCCCUGAAGAAGAUGCUGCCCAUCGGCCUCAACAUGUGCACCCCGGGGGACCAGGAGCUCAUCUCCCUGGCCAAGACUCGCUAUGCCCUGAAAGACACAGAUGAUGAGGUCAAAGACCAUAUUCGGCAGAAUCUGCACCUUCAGGAAAAGUCAGAGGAUCCUGCGGUAAGGUGGCAGCUGAACCUGUACAGAGACAUAGUGAUGAAGAACGAGGGGCCUCCAGACCCCGAGAAGGCCGUGGAACGAAUCCAGAGAAUUUCCGCUGCCGUCUUCAACCUGGAGCAGGUGGAGCAACCACUGAGAUCCAAGAAGUGUGUGUGGCAGAAGCUUCUGUCCAAGCAGAGGAAACGAGCAGUUGUAGCCUGUUUCCGUAUGGCUCCCCUCUAUAAUCUGCCCAGGCAUCGCUCUAUUAACCUCUUCCUCCUGGCCUAUCAGAGAAUUUGGAUAGAGACAGAAGAGUACUCUUUUGAGGAGAAGCUAGUGCAGGACCUUGCAAAAACACAGCCCAAGGUGGAGGAGGAGGAAGAGGAAGAGGUCGACCAGCAGCCAGACCCUCUUCACCAGCUCAUCCUGCAUUUCAGCCACAAUGCUCUGACUGAGUGCAGCUCUUUGGAAGAGGAUCCCUUGUAUAUUGCAUAUGCAGAUAUGAUGGCAAAGAGUUGUGCCGAAGGUGAAGAAGAAGAUGAAGAGGGGAAAGAAAAAACAUUUGAGGAAAAGGAAAUGGAGAAACAGAAGACACUGUACCAGCAGGCCCGGCUACAUGACCGAGGGGCCGCAGAGAUGGUGCUCCAGAUGAUCAGUGCAAGCAAAGGUCGACUUGGUGCUAUGGUGACUUUCACCCUCAAACUGGGCAUCUCCAUUCUCAACGGGGGAAACAUACUGGUGCAGCAGAAAAUGCUGGACUAUCUGAAAGAGAAAAGGGAUGCUGGCUUUUUCAAAAGUUUAUCUGGACUGAUGCUGUCCUGCAGUGUCCUGGACUUGAAUGCUUUUGAGAGGCAAAACAAAGCAGAGGGUCUGGGGAUGGUCACUGAGGAAGGAUCAAUCAACGUGAGUGAGCGGGGUUCCAAGGUACUGCAGAAUGAUGAGUUCACUAAGGAUCUUUUUAGGUUUCUGCAACUUCUCUGUGAAGGCCAUAACAAUGAUUUUCAGAACUUCCUGAGGACUCAGACAGGGAACACUACUACGGUCAACAUCAUCAUUAGCACUGUAGACUACCUGCUAAGACUCCAGGAAUCCAUCAGUGAUUUCUACUGGUACUACUCUGGUAAGGACAUCAUGGAUGAGGCUGGUCAGAGGAACUUCUCUAAAGCACUAGCAGUGGCCAAGCAGAUCUUCAACUCUUUAACUGAGUAUAUACAGGGUCCAUGUAUUGGUAACCAGCAGAGUCUGGCUCACAGCAGGCUGUGGGAUGCAGUGGUGGGCUUCCUGCAUGUCUUUGCCAACAUGCAAAUGAAGUUAUCUCAGGAUUCCAGUCAAAUUGAGUUAUUGAAGGAGCUGCUAGACCUGCAGAAGGACAUGAUCGUCAUGAUGCUCUCUCUUCUCGAAGGUAAUGUUGUCAAUGGUACCAUUGGCAAACAAAUGGUGGACACCUUGGUGGAAUCCUCUAGCAAUGUUGAGAUGAUCCUCAAAUUCUUUGACAUGUUCCUCAAGUUGAAGGACUUGACAACCUCAGACAGCUUCAAGGAUUAUGACCCUGACAGCAAGGGGGUUAUCUCAAAGAAGGAUUUCCAGAAGUCCAUGGAGAACCAGAAACAGUACUCUCAAUCUGAGAUUGAAUUUCUUCUCUCCUGUGCUGAAGCUGAUGAAAAUGACAUGUUCAACUAUGAGGAGUUUGUAGAAAGAUUUCAUGAACCAGCCAAGGACAUUGGUUUUAAUGUAGCUGUGCUGCUAACCAAUCUGUCUGAACACAUGCCUCAUGAUGCUCGCCUGUCGACAUUCCUUGACUUGGCUGAGAGUGUUCUCAGCUACUUUGAGCCUUAUCUGGGUCGUAUUGAGAUCAUGGGUGGAGCCAAACGCAUUGAGAGAGUCUACUUUGAAAUCAGUGAGUCAAGUCGCACCCAGUGGGAAAAACCUCAGGUCAAGGAGUCCAAACGUCAGUUUAUCUUUGAUGUGGUCAAUGAAGGCGGAGAGAGUGAGAAGAUGGAACUAUUUGUCAACUUUUGUGAGGACACAAUUUUUGAAAUGCAGCUAGCAUCUCAAAUUUCAGACCCAGACCCCGUAGAGCGGCCAGAGGAGGAUGAAUAUGACAAAGAGAGUUUGGUGGAAGAACAUGAGGAAGAAGAGGAGGAGAUUGUGAUGUUUGAGUCUUCCUCAGCUUUUACAAUCGCUUGCAUUUCCAUGAGAAAGAGCCUAGGACACUUCCGCCAACUGCUCACCCUGAAGAGCAUGAAGCGGCAGUACAGAAAAUUCAGGAAGAUGACCAUGAAGGAGAUGGUGCGAGGCUUCUUCUCGUUCUUCUGGGUGAUCAUCACAGGCCUCUUCCACUUCCUCUACAGCCUAGUUUGGGGUUUCUUCCACAUCCUGUGGACCACAAUGUUUGGAGGUGGCCUUGUUGAGGGGGCUAAGAAUAUGAAGGUGACAGACAUUCUGGGAAACAUGCCAGAUCCCACUCAGUUUGGAAUCCAUGGGGAUGUACUAGAGACUGAGAAGAUGGAGGCGAAUGAGGCAUCAUCUUUGGCAGAGAUGGGCCAGAUGGCUCAGGGUGAUGCAGCAGAGGCGGACCUGAUGGCUGAGUUGCUCAACAUUCAGCCCAAGAAGGAGGGCAAGCAUGGCACUGAACCAGGAUUGGGGGAUGUGUCAGAAGUGGUGGUGGGGGAUGCUCCAUCCAUAGCCAGUGCUGUCAAGCAGAAGAAGGCACAGGCUGCAAAGAGGAGAGCUGCUAACGGAGACUACAAGUCUGACUCAGAGAAAGCAGAUUCAGAAGAUGGUGAGAAGAAGGACCAUGACAAGACCAAAGAGGAGAUUCCUCCAGAACCCUCAGCAGAGGAGAAGAAAGUUCCCAAGAGGAGGCCUGGCCAGAAGAAAGAGCCGCCAGAGGCCUUCAUGGCCAGCUUCUUUGCUGGCUUGGAAAUCUACCAGACCAAGAUGUUGAACUACCUUGCCAGAAAUUUCUACAACCUUCGCUUCCUGGCACUUUUUGUUGCCUUUGCCAUCAACUUCAUUCUUCUGUUCUACAAAGUUACUGGUGAUGACUCGGAUGAGGAAGACCCAUGGAAUGGUCGAGGUAGAGCUGGGGAGGGGGAAGAGGAAGGUGUUAUUGAAUACUUUGUCCUGCAGGAGAGCACAGGCUACAUGGCACCAACGCUACGCUUUCUGGCAAUACUGCACACUAUCAUAUCCUUCCUAUGUGUCGUGGGAUACUACUACCUGAAGGUUCCCCUGGUAGUGUUCAAGCGGGAGAAGGAAAUAGCGAGGAAGCUGGAGUUUGAUGGACUCUACAUCACCGAGCAGCCCUCAGAUGAUGACAUCAAGGGACAGUGGGACAGACUGGUCAUCAAUACCCCUUCCUUUCCCAACAACUACUGGGACAAAUUUGUCAAACGCAAAGUGAUCAACAAGUAUGGAGAUCUGUAUGGGGCAGAGAGGAUAGCAGAGCUGCUUGGACUGGACAAGAGUGCCCUGGAUUUCAACCCUACAGAGGAGACUGUCGCCAAGGAGGCUUCACUGGUGUCCUGGUUGAGCUCGAUCGAUACAAAGUACCACGUCUGGAAAAUGGGGGUGGUGUUCACAGACAAUUCAUUCCUGUAUCUGGUAUGGUACACCACAAUGUCCAUCCUGGGCCACUACAACAAUUUCUUCUUUGCUGCCCAUCUGCUGGACAUCGCCAUGGGCUUCAAGACUCUCCGCACGAUCCUCUCCUCUGUCACACACAACGGCAAACAGCUGGUGCUGACCGUGGGCCUGCUGGCUGUAGUGGUCUAUCUCUACACUGUGGUGGCCUUCAACUUCUUCAGGAAGUUCUACAACAAGAGUGAGGAUGAGGAUGAGCCGGAUAUGAAGUGUGAUGACAUGAUGACUUGCUAUCUAUUCCACAUGUACGUUGGUGUGAGGGCAGGAGGCGGCAUCGGGGAUGAGAUUGAGGACCCCGCGGGCGACCCUUAUGAGCUCUACCGCAUCCUCUUUGACAUCACUUUCUUCUUCUUUGUCAUCGUCAUCCUCCUGGCCAUCAUCCAAGGUUUGAUUAUCGAUGCCUUUGGAGAGCUGCGAGACCAACAGGAACAAGUCAAAGAGGAUAUGGAGACCAAAUGUUUCAUCUGUGGCAUCGGCAACGACUACUUUGACACAACACCUCACGGCUUUGAGACUCACACCUUACAAGAGCACAACUUAGCCAACUACCUGUUUUUCCUGAUGUACCUAAUCAACAAGGAUGAGACAGAGCACACUGGCCAGGAGUCAUAUGUUUGGAAGAUGUACCAGGAACGUUGCUGGGAUUUCUUCCCAGCUGGAGAUUGCUUCCGGAAGCAGUACGAGGAUCAGCUUGGAUAAAACAGAUCUCGACACUUCUGUCGACAAUGGGAGAGCUGCAGGGAUUUGUAGUCCCACGCACAACUGUUGGACUACAACCACACACACUCAUCCCCCAACUGUGGACUGGCCUAAGGAGAGACACGACAAAGCUUCGUUUUUUUAAUAAAAACAAGAGAAACAUCUCCCACCAAAGUCAGAUGUACCCUUGUCACCUUUGGUACAGUGCCAAUCCUAUUAGAAAUGACCUACAACUUGCCCAGACAUUUUGGUUUUCAGUUUUGGGACUUUUCUCUCGUUUUGACAACGUGUUGCCUUUUACUCCACAUAACCCCAAACCAUUGCACAAUUUUUUUGUCUUUUUGAGAAACACUGGGUUGUGUGGGGUUAUGGGACAAUGUGUGAGUCAUAUUAUGCACAAGAACCCAACUUCAAUAUUUUGAGAAUGUUGAACUUGAGACUUAAUGCCAAAAGACAAGUGCAGGAGUACAGUAGAUUUACAUAGUGCGCAGAAAUGUGAUUUGAGAAGAGUUUUUCAAAAUGUUGUAACAUUGCAUAUUGAGAUGAAGUAUUAAAAUUAAGUGGUAAAAAGGUUUAUUAUAUAGGAUAAAAAAAAAAUGCCUAAAAGUUUUCAUCAAGUGCCUUACAGUACUGUAUCUACAUUACAAUAAAGCUAUGCAAAACUUUUGUUUUUUUCUUUAUUGUAUGUAAGUACAGUAGUUUACCUGGAGCAGCGAUACGUAGCUGUCCAGAUGUAGUUUGUGGCUGAUGUUUUUCAUUUGAACACGGACGAACAGCAUCAGUUUUUAUUUAUUUUCUUGCUGAAUGAAGCAUCUGAACUGCAAACAUUCAUGGUACAAAGUGUAUAAAUGACACUUGUCAAAGAUCUACCAUGUCAGAAUUUACUGAACACCUUUAAACAAGAACAAAAACAAAAUUGCUAUUGUAUGGCCAUUUGUAUGUAGUAGCUUUGCUGAAUUGUGCAUUU